CUACGAAUCUACGAUUGCUACGAAUACUCCGAACAGUCCGAACUCUCCGAUCUCUAUCAGUUACGCAGAGCGACAAACGCCGUGAGGACGGUGAGGAAUCAGUGGCGCGGGUUCUGGAUCUCCCUCAGUUGACUUUACGCACGCGUUCGCACUCGUUUCACGGUACGUGAGAUCGAAAGUGGAGAAGGAGCAUGCGCUGCGUCGCACCAAUUCCCAAACGGACGUCCGGAUCAUCAUAAGCCCGUUUGCGAAUUUCGUUUAGAAAAAAACUCUGAUUAUCAUUCAACAUGGGGCGUACGGUGACGGUCGCCGUUUGCACGUUAAACCAAUGGGCGAUGGACUUCGACGGUAAUACCAGGAGAAUUCUGCAGAGUAUACAAGAGGCGAAAGACGCUGGUGCCACUUACCGGAGCGGUCCCGAGCUAGAAGUCUGCGGUUAUAGCUGCGAGGACCAUUUCUACGAAUCGGACACACUACUCCAUAGUUGGGAAGUUUUGAUGACCCUCCUGAAGUCCAGCGUAUGCGAGGACAUACUGAUUGACGUGGGGAUGCCGGUGAUGCACAAGAACGUGACCUACAACUGCAGGGUGGCCUUUCUGAAUCGGCGGAUCUUGCUGAUCAGGCCGAAAAUGCGGCUGUGCGAGGACGGCAACUACCGGGAGACCAGAUGGUUUUCUCCUUGGACGAAAGAGCGUACGGUCGAGGAUUACUUCCUGCCGCGAAUGAUAGCACAAGUCACCGGUCAGACCGUAGUGCCGUUCGGUGACGCGGUCAUCGCGACGAGAGACACGUGCGUGGGUUUUGAAAUAUGCGAGGAACUUUGGCACCCGGCCAGCAAUCAUAUCCCGAUGUCAAUGGAUGGCGUGGAAAUUAUCGCGAAUGGGAGCGGUUCGUACUUCGAGCUACGUAAAGCCUAUGUCACCGUGGAUCUCGUCAAGUCGGCUACCUUCAAGGCUGGCGGCUGCUACAUGUUCAGUAACUUGCGCGGAUGCGACGGCGGCAGGCUGUAUUUCAACGGCGGCUCCAGCAUCACGCUCAACGGCAACGUGUUAAAUCGUGGACGACAAUUUGCCCUCGAAGAUGUGGAGGUGACCGUCGCUACGGUUGAUCUCGAGGAUGUAAGGAAUUACCGAAACAGCAUCAGAUCGCGAUCGCAUUCGGCUGCUGCGUCACCCAGUUAUCCACGCGUGAAAAUCGAUUUUGCGCUCACGCCAGAGAAUCUCGUCUCGAACCCACCGGAUCGACCCAUCGACGGAGUCCAGGAUGUGUACGGCAAUGAUGACGGGCACUCGAGCCUCAUCGAUCACACCCCGGAAGAAGAGAUCGCAAUGGCACCCGCGUGCUGGCUGUGGGACUAUCUGAGACGAUCCUGCCAAGGAGGAUUUUUCUUACCACUGAGCGGCGGUGUCGAUUCGGCGUCUUCAGCAUGCAUUGUAUAUUCGAUGUGCGAAAUGAUCGUCGAAUCGAUCAAUAGAGGAGAUGCACAGGUCUUAGCGGACACCAGGAAGAUCGUCGGCGACUGCGAGUAUGUUCCGGUCGACGCGAAGCAGUUGUGCAACACCAUUCUGGUCACAUGCUACAUGGGAACGGAGAACUCGUCAGCGGAGACCAAGGCUCGAGCAGCCGAGCUAGCCAAUCAAAUAGGAUCCUAUCAUCAUGGGAUAGUCAUAGAUACUGCGAUAUCUGCGAUUUUAGGGAUCUUCCAACAGGUCACGAAGCUGACACCGAGAUUUAAAGCGCAAGGUGGUUCGCCUAGGGAGAACUUGGCCUUGCAAAAUGUACAGGCUCGAUUACGAAUGGUGAUCGCUUACCUGUUCGCUCAAUUAAUGUUGUGGGUCAGAGGCCGUCCGGGUGGCCUCUUAGUGCUGGGGAGCGGUAACGUGGACGAAUCCCUACGCGGUUAUCUCACUAAGUACGAUUGCAGCAGCGCCGACAUCAAUCCUAUAGGUGGCAUAGCAAAGAACGAUUUAAAGAAAUUUCUCGUGUACUUUAGACGCAAACACGGAAUAUCCGCUUUGGAUAAUAUCCUGGAGGCACCACCCACCGCGGAACUGGAACCGCUGCAGGCGGGACAGCUUGCGCAAUUAGACGAGGUGGACAUGGGCAUGACCUAUAAGGAGCUGUCAGUUUUCGGGCGGUUAAGAAAGCAGAGUAAGGCCGGACCUUUUUCCAUGUUCUGCAGACUCGUACACAUGUGGGAUCACUGUACCCCGAAAGAAAUUGCCGAUAAGGUGAAACACUUCUACAGAUGUUACGCUAUUAAUCGUCACAAGAUGACGAUACUGACUCCGGCCUGCCACGCGGAGUCGUACAGCCCCGACGACAAUCGAUUCGAUCACCGACCCUUCCUGUACAAUCAUUCGUGGAAAUGGCAGUUUGCAGCGAUCGACGAACAGGUGAAACGACUCAGCAGCGAAGAGAAGCCGUCCAGACCGCGUAAGGGUGCUCCGAAAGUGCCUACCAAGCCCAGAUAUAUGCCGUUCAGCUCCGUAAUCAGCAAUAAAACGCAUCCUGGAGUAGUAGUUUAA